UCACAACCAACCCUUUCAAUGGAGGGUACCAAGUACAGCGAUCUGGCUCAACGGCUGUCUCAACUCAUCGACGACAAGUUGUCGUUGCCAUCAACUUCUCGUUCAUUAGCCACACAACCAAUCAGUACUGUGUUUUCCCCUCUAUCGAGCCAACCAGGGACCAUGUCGCAGGCCAGAAUCGACCAAUCAAGAAGCCUGUUCUCCUCACUAGCAACGCAGAGUUACUUCCCGACGAUAGACGCUGCCUCGUCGUCUAGUGAGGGGUUGGACGUUUCAGAUAUCGGAAACCCAAACUUUCCCCAGUACUCUGUCAAACCACUGUCCUUACACGAGUCCAGCUUUGCCCCUCUUCAGGCAAAGCUAGAAGAUAGUGUCGAGGUUAAAACAUCCAAGGGAGGCAUGACUAAUGAUGGUAGCCAGGCGGCGAAAGGGUUUCAGUCUGAGGAUUCUUCUAGUGCUUCGUCUCCUAUGGGGAGUGAACAGGGAGGCCCACUUCUCACACAGAGAAGUCUAAACUCUUUCAGCUCUGGCUCUGAUGACUUCCAACCCCUGAGACCUGCACUCGACCCCACCUUAGAUUCUCUUCAUGACCAUGUGCAAGUUGAAAAGCCACCGCUACAACAGUUUACGUCUCCUGGUAGCUUCAUGCCUCUUAAACCAUCCAGUGAUGCCACCCUGGAUUCAUCCCAUCUGAGCGACUUUUCCUCCAUCAGAGGGUCACCUGUCAAAGGGCAAAGGUUUCCGGGCUUGACCUCUUGGGGAAAGGGUAUGGGUCAAGGGUCGAAUGUCAUGACCUCUUCACCCCUGAAGACCAUACGGACACCAGGUUUGCAGACGAGUGGAGUUGUUUCCUCGCAGCAGCUACGCGAUGACGUUCAAGCGAUGAGAGAGCGUCAUCGCAGGGAGAGGGAGAUACUGCUAGAGGGCGCUCUUUCACACUUGGAGAGAGAAGACUUUGGGCCUUCUCUGCCAAAGGAGGAGAGAGGCAUACUGGAAGAGUCUGAUCUCACCCUGGUGGAGUCCACCCUGAUAGAAGGGCCAAUCGGUGAUGAAAAAGACGACACACUGCGUGAGGAGGGACAGAAAAGGGAGUACAGUGGGUCGACUUUAGUAGAGGGUCAGAUAGGAGAGAUGGACACCCUACAAGAAGAAAUAGAACACAGCGAUGACCAGAGUCCAUCCCUGAUGUCGUUUGAGCAGCAUGAGUUUUCUGUGAGUUUGGAGUCCAGUCAGAACAGUGACGAAAAAGCAGAGGCAAGAGGAACAACUCAUACAGGACAAGAAAAAACAGACCCCAGUUCUGAUCCUGUUGGGACUUCUCAGCAGAAAGCUGGGACCACCACAGAUGACACCAUGGACUCCCUCAAAAGGGCUUUAUCUGCCUGGAAAGACAGUCGGAGAUUCUGAACCCAAACACCUUAGGUGGAAGCAAUCCCUAAUUAUAUAAACAAAA